GGAUCCUUCACAUUCAAGCCAAUCAUAUCGCAUUUCUCAAAGCCAUGUCCUUCUCAUUCACUUUCUCAAUUCUCAUUUCUCAUAUAAAAUAUUAUAUUAUAUAUAUAAACUAACUGUAGUUUGGUCACGGUUUAAUAAUCAUUCCCAAGUUUCUCUGAUGCUACCCCGUCAUGAUGAAUAAUAUUGUAAGAGAGAGAGAGAGUUUUAAUUUUGAUAAUUGAAGAGAAAUAAGAAAGCUGAGUGUCAUGUCAGGUCUUGGCGUGCAUAAUUGAGCAAGCCAAUGGGUCUGCUGCUGGCUUUUGUAGACUUGUAGUUGUCUCACUGUUCAACCAAUCUUCUUCUGAUUUUUUCAACCCCAAAUGCUGGCAAUGGUGGUGUGAGUACUAGUGGGAAGUUGAUUAUAUAGUGAGAAUCUCUGGUCCACAUCUUACACAAUCUGGGAACUAACUUCUCUUCAAAUCAAAGUAUGCACUUUUGUAUUAAGGAAUGAGUGGUGUUUCAUGCAAGUCUUUGAUUUAACUUAGUUGAGUAGUGGGAAAAGUUUGUUUCUUUUAGCACCAGAUCUUUAGCUUUCCCAAUAUGAAGUUUAUGAAACUUGGAUCGAAGCCGGACUCUUUUCAGAAUGAAGGGAAAAAUGUCAGGUAUGUGCCAAGUGAGUUGGCUACAGACAUCACUGUAAUUGUAGGGGAUGUAAAGUUUAAUCUGCAUAAGUUUCCUCUUUUAUCAAAGAGUGUCUACUUGCAGAAGUUGGUUGCAACAGCUAGUGAUGAAAGCACCGAGGGAGUUGACAUUUCGGACAUUCCUGGUGGCGCUGAAGCCUUUGAGAUCUGUGCUAAAUUUUGUUAUGGUAUGACCGUUACCCUCAAUCCCCACAAUGUCGUCGCAGCAAGAUGUGGGGCAGAAUACUUAGGAAUGCAUGAGACUAUUGAAAAAGGAAAUCUCAUUUACAAGAUAGAUGUCUUCCUUAGCUCUAGCAUUUUCCGCAGCUGGAAGGACUCAAUCAUAGUUCUUCAGACUACACAACCUCUCUUACCAAUGUCUGAGGACCUGAAAUUGGUUGGCCGCUGUGUUGAGUCUAUAGCUACCAAGGCCUGUGUUGAUGUAUCGAAAGUUGACUGGUCAUACACCUAUAACAGGAAAAAGAUCUAUGAGGAAAAUGGUAAUGAACCGAAUUUGAAUGGUGGCAUAAAGCGUCCUGUGCCAAAGGAUUGGUGGGUUGAAGAUUUGUGUGAGCUUGAAAUUGAUCUGUACAAGCGAGUCAUAACAAAUAUUAAAAACAAAUCACUAUUGUCUUAUGAAGUAAUUGGAGAAGCCUUGAAGGCUUAUGCUUACAGAAAUAUGCCUGGUUUAAGCAGGGGUAUUAUCCAGUCUGGAGAUGUGGUAAAAUAUCAGUCAACAGUAGACGCAAUAGUUUGUUUGUUGCCGGCCGAGAGAGGCAGUGUCUCGUGUAGUUUCCUGCUAAAGUUGCUGAAAGCAGCAAGUCUUUUGGACUCUAGAGAUAUAGUCAAAGAAGAGCUUGUGAGAAGAAUAGGGCAGCAACUUGAGGAGGCAUCUGUAAAUGACAUUUUGAUACGAGCACCAGAAGAGGACACUGCAUUGUAUGACGUUGCUGCUGUGCAGAAAAUAGUCGAGGAGUUCUUAAGGCAAGAUCAAAACACUGAGAUUGAAUCACUGGAAGACGGCGAUCACCUCCAGAGGAUGCAGCCUGGGAUUUUAUCUGAUGCUUCCAAGUUGAUGGUUGCUAAGUUGAUUGAUGGAUAUCUAGCUGAAAUCGCAAAGGAUCCAAAUUUACCAUUGUCAAAGUUUCUUGGUCUUGCUGAGAUGGUAUCAGGUAUCUCUCGGCCUGCCCAUGAUGGCAUAUAUCGAGCAAUUGACAUGUUCCUCAAGGAACAUCCAGGGAUCACCAAAAGUGAGAGGAAAAGGAUAUGCAAACUGAUGGACUGCAGAAAGCUAUCUGUUGAUGCUUGCAUGCACGCCGUACAAAAUGAGAGACUCCCACUACGCGUGGUUGUGCAAGUACUCUUUUUCGAGCAGGUGAGGGCUGCUGCAUCAUCUGGCAGCAGCACUCCUGACUUGCCUAAAGGCAUCAAGGAUUUAAACAGCAACACCUCACACGGGAGCUCAAGGUCCGCGACAACAAACACAGAGGAAGACUGGGAUGCAGUGGCCACGGCUGAGGAGCUCAAGGCCCUUAGGGGGGAGCUAGCCUCAUUGAGGUUAAGCAAUGGAGUUGGUGGAAAUGAGAGGAAUGGUGGUGAUGUUAAAAGUGGGGUGGACAAAGCUACUAUAAGUAAAAUGAGAGGGCUUCUUAAAUCAAAGAAGAUCUUUGCAAAGCUCUUUUCGAGCAAAGGGGCACAAGGCGAAAACAGUGGCUCCGAUUCCUCGGAGAGUUUAGGCUCUGCCAAUCCAGAAGAAGCUAAAUCAACUCCCUCUAGAAAUAGGAGACAUUCAGUUUCCUAGUGGGAAUUAGUUACCAGACAGAAUAGGUUUUGGUCCUUUUUUUUUCCUUUUUUGGAGGUUCUCUUCUGUUUAUGACAUUAGCAACUUGGAAAAACUAUGGUUGUCUUCUAAUUAAGCAAGGAAUGAAGUAAAUAUAUCAUUUAGAAGAAAACAAUUUUAGGUUGA